AUGAGGAUUUUUCUAUAUUUCCUAGAAUAUUUUCUAAUACCCCAAAUCUGUUGGACCCAUCAAUACCUGCCAAUCGAUCGACUUCCUGAUUGGAAAUUGAAAAAUGAUGGAAACAUCGGUCCAUCUUACGGUCAACCCGAGCAAAUUCGUAUUUCCUAUGGAGGAGACCCAUCGGUUUCAUUUGUGACGUGGCAAACAUUCGAUGAUACAUUACAGUCUAUUGUGGAGUACGGUAGUGAUUGGAAAUUUCUGAAUCAAUCAGUUUUGGGACGAUGUUCCGUUUUCUUGGAUCGAAAUAAGAAUAGUGUGUGGAGAUAUAUCCAUCGAGCCAAUUUGACGGCUCUGGUACCCGGACAAACUUAUUACUACCAUGUUGGUUCGGAGCACGGUUGGAGUCCAAUCUACUUUUUCACAGCAUUAAAAGAACGAGAAAAUGAUGGUGGUGGAUAUAUUUAUGCGGUUUAUGGAGAUUUGGGUGUUGAAAAUGGGCGGAGCCUAGGGACAAUUCAAAAAAUGGCACAUAGAGGAGAACUGGAUAUGGUAUUGCAUGUUGAUAAGUAUUUUGGUGACUUCGCCUAUAACAUGGACGAAUCGAACGGCGAAACGGGGGACGAGUUUUUGCGACAAAUCGAGCCAAUCAGUGCGUACAUACCGUAUAUGGCAACCGUUGGAAAUCACGAAUACUUUAAUAAUUUCACACAUUUUGUCAAUCGAUUCACAAUGCCCAAUUCGGAUCAUAACCUUUUUUAUAGCUACGACUUAGGCCACGCCCACUUUGUGGUGUCCUCCACGGAAUUCUAUUUCUGGACACAAUGGGGUUUUCAUCAGAUAAAACAUCAGUUUGACUGGCUUAUUGAAGAUUUAAAGAAAGCCAAUGAAAACCGUAAAAAUGUUCCAUGGAUGAUCACAAUGGGACAUCGACCAAUGUAUUGCUCAGACUUCGAUGGAGACGAUUGCACAAAAUACGAAUCAAUUAUUCGUACAGGUCUACCAUUAACACAUGGAUAUGGUCUAGAGAAGCUAUUCUAUGAAUAUGGAGUGGAUAUUGAAUUAUGGGCACAUGAACACAGUUAUGAGAGAUUAUGGCCAGUUUACAAUCGAACUGUUUACAAUGGGACACAUCUACCGUAUACCAAUCCACCGGCACCUGUUCAUAUCAUUACUGGAUCGGCAGGUUGCCGUGAGAACACCGACGUGUUCGUCGAGCAUCCACCACCAUGGAGUGCGGUCCGUUCGACGGAUUACGGUUUUGGAAUUAUGCGAAUUUAUAAUUCGACACAUUUGAAUUUUAAACAAAUCAAUGUUGCGCAGGGUGGCACAGAAGACGACGAUUUCUGGGUGGUGAAGACUUCCGAAAAACAUCAUCGACCAUUCAAACAUCGAGAUUUGAAGAAAUUGAGAACUUAUGGAACACAUGUACCCGAUAAAUAUUGUCAUCAUCAUUCGCAUUGUCCCAUGGAGAAGAAGAAGAAACGAACCAGAAGACACCAGCAUCAUUUUUGA